AUGCAAUGUACAGCACCCUGUUCCCAAACAUCUGAUCCAUGUACUUUUCUCUUACAGGAAAGAGAUAUCAAACAAGAUUACACGACAUUUUCUUAUACUAAGACUACAGACUUCACCGAGUUCAGACCAAUUUGCCCAGUGCCUGUAGAAAGUUAUGAAGAGGAUGUAGAGAGCGGCAAUACCCUGUUUGUACAGGAAGAGAUCAGACCAGUUCCUCUGCUGAUUCCUAUGGACCUAAUAUGUGAUGGCUUGCGUUGCCUUAUUCCUCCUAUAGAGGGUCAGCUCACUAACCCAGGUCUAGAGCUGAGUAGCGCCAUCAUUCAGGAGUUCCUACCUAUUGUACCUUAUAUUGAGGCUCUCAUCGGUGAUACUGAGAAUGGAACUAGUGUCAUAGGAAUCCUUUUGGGCUUCUUGUUACCAGAAGUCUUUGCUUAUCUACUGGACUUUUAUUAUGGCCGCUGGUCCAGCAGAAAGAAGGCGGAAAAGGACAGAGAUGAGGCACCUGCUGGGAGAGAGAGUGAAGAGCCACAAAGUCCUGAUCAAACCCAGGAUAACGUGGAGGAAGAAGCAGAACUUAGUGGGAGAGAAUGCAAACAGAAGGAGGAGCCUAGAUGCGCUAAGAAGAGGAAUAAAAAGCAGCAUCACUCUGAGGCUCAUGAACUCCAAGUCCCACAGAAACCAAAGAGCAAUGGAACAAUGGAGGAAGAAGACGAGAAGGAAUUAAAGCGGCUUUUCCAACAGUUCAUCUGCCAAUGCUUGGAAGGAGAUUUAUGAGAAGAAGACAUAGGGAGAAGUGGUUGGGAGGGAGGAAAUACUUCUCCAGAUUGUUACUAAAAUAA